UACUACGAGCCUUGACAGCUGUCAGUAGGUAAACACGUCCCACUCAAUCCAUCAGGGGAAGGAAAAAAGAGAUGGCUACCGCCGAAUGUGAACCGGAAAGUCCCGUGGAAAACUUCGAAUGCUUCCGUCCCCUGUCCAUGGUCAAGGAGGAGGAGGAGGAAAAUGGGUCUAUUUCUUCCGAGGAGGGAGGCUCCACCGAAUCGGAGCCCACUUUACCGAGGCGGUCCAGCUUGAUUAAGGAUACCACACGGAGACGCUCCCGCAAGAAGACCGUGUCGUUCUCCACCUUCCCGGAGGAGAGGCAGAUUUCCACCGCCUCUGACUGCCUGGCGUUCAUGCAGGCCGGCUGUGAGCUGAUUAAGGUCCGUUCCCCCUCCAGGCAAUACCACCGAAUCUUCUCUUUGAGCGAGGAGCUCUCGGAGAUCAGAUGGCACCCAACAUCCAAGAAGCCAGACAAGGCCAGGAUCGCCAUAGAAUCAAUCAAAGAGGUCCGGGUUGGCAAGAACACGGAGACGUUUCGCAAUCGCGAGUCCACCGCCGAGUUUCCAGAAGAGUGCGCCUUCUCCAUCAUCUUCGGCGACAACUACGAGACGCUGGACCUGGUGGCCAACUCCCCGGACGAAGCCAACAUCUGGGUGACUGGGCUGAGCUACCUGGUGGGAGGGAACAAGAGUAGAUCACCUGAAGCAAUAGAAAAGAAACAGGACAUGAGAGACAGGUGGCUGCAAGAGAUGUUUGAGAAGGCCGCGGGGACCGAGGUGGGUCAGCUGGACGAAUUUGAGGUCAUGCAGCUGAUGAAAAAACUCAACAACGGCGUGACAUCAAUGAGGGUCCGCCAGAAAUUUAAGGAAAUGACGCUGUCCAAGGUUCGCGACGGAGCCUCCAAACCCACACUGACCAGCUACGAAUUUGUGGACCUCUUCAAAGAGAUGACAACGAGACCAGAGAUAUACUUUCUCUUAGUCAGGUAUUCCAGCUCCGAAGUUAUGACGAUAGACGACCUUCUAAUAUUCUUGGAGGCGGAGCAAGGGAUGGCAGGCGUGUCGAGGGAGAAAUGUCAAGCCAUCAUCAACAAAUACGAGCCGUCUGCCGAAGGCCGGGAGAAAGGCCAUCUGGGAAUAGACGGCUUCACCAACUACCUUUUAUCCGAGGACUGUGAUAUCUUUGACUCACAGCACAGGCAUGUGUGUCAGGACAUGACGCAACCUCUAUCCCACUACUUCAUAGCGUCAUCGCACAAUACGUACGGCACCUGGCCUCGGAUGGGAAUAUGCCCCAAACAUCCUCCUGCAGGUCUAACAAAUUACCUCACCGAAGACCAACUAAAAGGGCCGUCCAGUGUGUCUGCCUAUGUCAAGGCUUUGCAAAAGGGCUGCCGAUGGGUUGAAUUGGAUUGUUGGGACGGAGGUAACGGGGAGCCGAUCAUCUACCAUGGCCACACGCUGACGUCGAAGAUUUCCUUCAAGGCAGUGAUUGAGGCCAUCAACCAACAUGCGUUUGAGACCUCGCAAUUUCCAUUACUAGUAUCCAUAGAGAACCAUUGCAGUGUGGAGCAGCAGGAAGUAAUGGCACACCAUAUCAAAACAGUAUUUGGAGAUAAAUUAUGGAUCAACUCACCUGACGCUUCCUCUAAUUACCUGCCAUCGCCAGAACAGCUCAAGGGGAAGAUUAUUCUGAAGGGGAAGAAGCUGCCUGCCGAUUUUGUCGGAGAAGAAGGAGAAGUCACGGAUGAAGAUGAAGGAGCGGACAGCGAGAGGCGGAGAAUUAAGAAGGAGGGUUUUAAGAAGCGAACACUCAUCAAGAAACUCUCUGAUCUGGUCACACUAUGCAAAUCUGUUCGCUUUGAAGAUUUCCAUGAGGCUGCCCAGAAACAGAAAUACUGGGAGAUCUGCUCCAUGAGCGAGGGCACCGGCAUCAAAUUUGCCAGGGAUUGCGCGGAGGACUUUGUCAACCACAAUAAGCACCUGCUGACCCGGAUCUACCCAAACCCCAACCGUGUGGACUCCAGUAAUUACAACCCUCAGGACUUCUGGAACUGUGGUUGCCAGAUUGUUGCCCUGAACUACCAGACCCCGGGGUUGAUGACGGACCUUUACGAUGGCAAGUUUCGUCAGAAUGGCCAAUGUGGCUACGUGCUCAAGCCUGGGGUCAUGAGAGAAGAGAUAUCAUAUUUCAGUGCCAACUCAAGGGAUAUCAUACCCGGGGUGUCGCCGCAGAUCCUACACAUCAAGAUCAUCAGUGGACAGAAGUUCCCAAAGCCAAAGGGCUCAGGCUCCAAGGGAGAUGUCAUUGACCCCUACGUUUCCAUGGAGAUCUUUGGGAUUCCUGCCGACUGUGCUGAAGAACGGACCAAAACCAUUCCUCACAACGGGUACAACCCCAUUUACGAUGAAAGCUUUGAUUUCACCGUUAACCUCCCCGAGCUGGCUUUGGUGCGAUUUGUGGUCCUUGAUGAUGACUACAUAGGGGACGAGUUCAUCGGACAGUACACUAUUCCAUUUGAGUGCUUACAGCCAGGCUACAGGCACUUCACCUUGCUGUCCAACACUGGGGAAUCCAUUGAGCCGGCAUCGUUGUUUGUCCACGUCGCCGUCACGAACAAACGUGGAGGCGGGAAACCAACAAAGCGUGGUAUGUCUGUCAAGAAGUCCAAGCGGACGAGGGAUUACACCCAUGUCAGGCCAGUUGGAGUGAAAGCAAUUGAUGAGGUCUUCAAGGCCUCCCUGGUACCCCUCAAAGAAGGCAGCGAGCUAAGGGAGAACGUCCAAAACGCCAUGACGCGUUUCAAGGAAGCCUGCGGUCUAGCAUCCAUCGCCAACCUUAAGCAGUGCAUACGGCUCCUGGCCACCAGACUAGCUGGGUCCUCAGACACCGUGACGUUACGCCUCUCCAUGAGGGAGGAGCUUGCAUUCCUGGAGGCGGAAGGGAGUGCCCCCGACAUGCUAAAGAAGGCAUUAACUGCCUUUGAAUCGAUGGUGUCAGAAAGCAAAACCUUGAUGGAGCAAGCAGACAGUCUGGUGGUCCGCAUUGACGAAGUGCAGAAAGCUGGACUGGAGUAUCACGACAAUCUGAGUUAUCUCCUUACCAAAGACGGGCUGAAGGGAAAACGACUUUCAAAGGCAUCUGAGAACUUUGCCUGGAACAUCAGGGUUUUGAAGGGUCAGGCUGACUUGCUGUCACGCUCCAAGAAGGAAUGCCAAGACUGGAUGAGACAGAUCAAGGAAGCCGGCACUGCCCUUGGUCUCAUGUCACUAGAGCCAUCGACUGAACCCGAGUCAGACGCUGUGUUUGUACCAGAGACAGACCCUGAGCAUUCCAGCGGAGCUGAAAGCUGAUAAUCGCCUUGACGACAUCUUAUCUUUACUUUUCUGUUCUGUAGACACAAUUUCCGUGGGAGUGUUUCUCAAGGUUGUAACAAAUGCCAGCAACAUACUGAUUCUUAGGGGUAGUAAUGCCCAAUUCAGCAUAGAACCUGUGUCCGUCUAACAAGCAGUGUGCCGAACGAGAUAGAUACUGUAUCUUGUACAUUUUGAAUAUAUGUUGGUCAUAAUAAGACGAUGAAUCUCUCGUGGAGGGAGUCGUGUCGGUUUUCUCUUUUUUAUCCCGCUAAAAACAACAUUGUAUGUAUGUUUUGUGAAUUUGUAUGCAGGUUAAACCAUUCCCACAUCUGCCGUUUCAUGUUGGCUGCCGAUGGCAUCUUCUUAAUUCUUCACGGCCGCUUUUGUGUCUUGUCGCAGAAGACCAUCUGGAUGUUUUUUCUUCUUUAUAAAAACCCUCGCGCGUAUUUGCUGUAGAAUCGAAGCAGAGACUGCAAGUAGCAUUGGUUAAUAUCUUUUUGUAGUUUAAAUC